AUGUUUAGAGAGCACUUAAAGCGCAAUCACUUUGGCGGAAAGCUUCCCGAAGAAAUACAUAUGGCGAGGACGUGGGACGACAUUUUUAGGGCGUGUAAUCCUGGCUGGGAUUCUCGUAUACCCAUACCCGAUCCUUAUAUUGGAAGCAUUAUGGGGUCAACUGUCACCCAGAUCAUAGAACAGCUUGAUAUUAUCGAGGAAUCGCAAGCUACUACUGGCACACCCCAGCAGAAUGAUAGAAGUUUCAAUAAUUUCCCAUCUGCCAUAUCCCUAAACGGGAGUCCCACAAGGGAGGCCGAUUCGCUGGAGCCUGAGCGGGAUACACAGAUUGAAAACCUAGGUAUGUCCUAUAUCGCAUCGAGUUUGACGAACAACCCAGCUGCCAUUUUCUCGGCAGGAAAGGCUCCACUUUCGUCGCAAUUUACUGGUUUUGUGGCCAAUUCUGUUAGUCGUCAUCUUUCAUCCGCAAUAGAUGAAGAGGUGAUCGAGGGAAUACAAAAUCAGUUUCAGUAUGACUUAGGCGCAUAUUCUGGUCAACCUCCAAAUGUCACUUUCCAGACCAUGGGGCAAUCUUGGGGCGUCCCGAAUUUUAGCAAUAUGGGGGGAGCACUGUCAGGGCGACAUAUCCUCUCUGAGCCCCUAAUACCCCAGAACCCGGACCUCACACCUGCCUACGAAAUAUUUAAUGGAGACCCUAUCAUAUCUUCCAUUCCAUCUUUAAACAUCGCGACCGAAUGCGUCGAUACAUCUGUUCCGUCAAGCUCAGAGGAGCAGACACCCAAUCAAACCCAAACCCAAAGUUCUACUAUAACGCAACAAAGCACGUGUACACAGUCCCAGAAGCUAAGUGACGAUCGAUUGUCACUGGUCGUUGCAAGGCGUCCGAUAGUACGUCUGACUAGCGAGGAUCACGAACCAAAAGAAUUCUAUUUUGAGGAUUAUCAUGAUUUCCGCGCCAGGUUCGAGAACUGGAUGACUGAAAACUUUCCCGACCCGAUGUUCUCUUGGGAAGAGAUGGAAUUUACCGGCACUGAUGUCGACGAGCCAAUACGGCUUUCAACUCUUAAUGGCCUACUGCUAGAGGUGAAAAUGUAUCAUUGGAUGAAUAAAUCUCGUGGGGCUGCAGUACAUCUAGUUCUGAAAAAAGGGAAACACAGGGUAUAUUGA